GUAGUCGUAGUAUUUUAGUAGUAAUAGUAGUCAUCAUCAUCAUCAUCAUCAUAUCAACAUUUGAUUGUAAAAAUUUAUUUUUUUUUCUACCUGGCUAACUCAGAUAUCAGGUUGGCGGCUAUCAGUUCAGUUCGGGUUCGAUGGUUAUUCUUUUUUUUUCUAUUUCUGCUUCUUCUGUUUUUUUUAUCAUCAUCAUCAUCAUCAUCAUCAUCAUCAACAACAACAUUUCGGCUACGAUUCGUAGUCGUCGUUCAAAUGAACGGGUCGACUUUUAACUUUGACUUCAAACUGAUCACAAGUGGUGGUGGUGCUGGUGGUGGUUGUUGUUGUUGUUGUUGUUCUGCUUGAAUGAGACAACGAUUGUUUUUACCUUUUUCUCUUCUUUUUUCAUUAUAUUCAUUGUGUGUGUGUGUGUGUUGGUUUUUUUUUAUAUUUUCUUUUAUAUGGCCUAGGCCAUUCUAUUAUUAUCUUCGUUUAUAUGUGUCUGUGUAUGUUUUCCUGUUUUUUUAAUGUCUUCUGAUUGAUAUAUGAAAGAUGCACGCACACACACACACAACAUACACACUGAAGAAGAAUUGGCCAUCCAUUUACCUUCGGCCAAUCAUCAACCUGCUUAUGUGUCUUGAUUAUUUGGUGUUUUUAUUUUCUAUUUUUUUUAUGCGUGUGCAAUCAUUGAUUUGAUGAAUUGAUGUUCGAAUAUUUAUAUAUUCGAUAGGUUAUUUUCCCCAACUCAUCUGAUUUUUUUUUCGUCAUAAUUUCUUAUUUUCUUCCAAUUACAACUUUUUCAUUCUUAUUCGUUCGAUAAAAUGAUUUGAUCAUCGUCAUCAAGCAUAAUUUCAUUAUUUGUUUGUUUGUUUUAUUAAUGUGGAUAAAUAAAUUUUUUUUCCAAAUGAAAUACGUGAUGUGUUUUUCAUAGAUUUUUCGCGAUGAUCGUCAAUAUUGGAUAACUACCUGUUGAAUAUAUCCAACCAAGAUUAUCAUCGACAACAACAACAACAAUGGUUAUCGUUACCAGGGACGAUUAUAUUUGGGUUGAACCACAAACCAAACAGGCAUUCGAUGUUGCUAUCGGUGCUCGUGUCAAAGCGGUAGAAGGACAAAAAACAUUGGUCAUCGAUGAUGAUGGCAACGAAAUUUGGCUCGCACCGGAACGACGUAUUAAAGCCAUGCAUCCAACAUCAGUGCAUGGUGUAGAAGAUAUGAUCUCUUUAGGUGAUCUUCAUGAAUCGGGAAUUCUUCGUAAUCUUUUGAUUCGUUAUAAUGAAAGCAUAAUCUAUACAUAUACCGGUUCAAUUUUAGUUGCAGUGAAUCCAUAUCAAAUAUUACCAAUAUAUACAAUCGAACAAAUCAAACUAUAUCGUGACAAAAAGAUUGGUGAAUUACCGCCACAUAUAUUUGCCAUUGGAGAUAAUGCCUAUAAUAAUAUGAAACGUUAUGGCCAAAAUCAAUGUAUUAUUAUUAGUGGCGAAAGUGGUGCAGGUAAAACUGAAUCAACAAAAUUAAUUCUACAAUAUUUGGCUGCCAUUAGUGGUCAACAUUCAUGGAUUGAACAACAGAUACUUGAAGCAAAUCCUAUACUUGAAGCAUUUGGAAACGCAAAAACAAUUAGAAACGAUAAUUCAAGUAGAUUUGGUAAAUAUAUUGAUAUUCAUUUCAAUAAACAUGGUGUAAUUGAAGGUGCUAAAAUUGAUGAAUAUCUAUUGGAAAAAUCACGUAUCGUAAAUCAAGCGAUUGAUGAACGAAAUUAUCAUAUAUUUUAUUGUAUGUUGGCCGGUCUUAGUAAAGAAGAUAAAUUGAAAUUAGAAUUACAAGAUGCAUCGAAAUAUUAUUAUCUUACACAAGGUGGUUCGAUCACCUGUGAAGGUCGUGAUGACGCUGCUGAAUUUGCCGAUAUUCGUUCAGCAAUGAAAGUGUUAAUGUUUUCUGAUUCAGAAAUCUGGGAUAUUCUCAAGAUUCUUAGCCUAUUACUACAUAUUGGUAAUAUCAAAUAUAAAGCAAUGUUGGUAUCGAAUUUAGAUGCAUCAGAAAUCAUCAAUAUAUCUAGUACAGAAACAGCUGCCCGAUUAUUACAGGUUGAUCGUCAAAAUUUGAUUGAUGCAUUGACCACUCGAACUAUAUUUGCACAUGGUGAAAUUGUGGUAUCAACAUUGAGCACCGAACAAGCACAAGAUAUACGAGAUGCCCUCGUCAAAGGAAUCUAUGGUCGAAUGUUCAUAUGGAUUGUCAACAAAAUCAAUUCGGCAAUUUAUAGACAGAAAACAUCAUCAUCACAUUAUCGUAGCUCGAUCGGUGUUCUGGAUAUUUUUGGUUUCGAAAAUUUUAACGUCAAUAGUUUUGAACAAUUUUGUAUAAAUUAUGCUAAUGAAAAUCUUCAGCAAUUUUUUGUCCGACAUAUUUUCAAAUUGGAGCAAGAAGAAUACAAUCUUGAAACAAUCAACUGGCAACAUAUUGAGUUCGUCGAUAAUCAAGAAGCAUUGGAUUUGAUAGCCACCAAACCAAUGAACAUAAUGGCAUUGAUUGAUGAGGAAAGCAAAUUUCCAAAAGGCACUGAUGUUACUUUGUUGAAUAAAUUGCACAAAACUCAUAGCACCAACGACAAUUAUUUGAAACCCAAAGCUGAUAUUGAUCAAUCAUUCGGAUUGAAUCAUUUUGCUGGUGUGGUUUUUUAUAAAACCGAAGGUUUCUUAGAGAAAAAUCGUGACACUUUCAAUGCCGAUCUUAUACAAUUGAUUCAAGUUAGUCAGAAUAAAUUUUUACGUCAAUUAUUUGCACAGGAUUUUGCUAUGGGUAAUGAUACUAGAAAGAAAGCACCAACAUUGAGCACUCAAUUCAAAAAAUCAUUAGAUUCAUUGAUGCGACAAUUGAGCAAUUGUCAUCCAUUCUUCAUUCGAUGUAUAAAACCAAAUGAAUACAAAAAACCAAUGAUGUUUGAUCGAAUUCUAUGUUGCAAACAAUUGCGAUAUUCUGGUAUGAUGGAAACCAUUCGAAUUCGUCGUGCUGGUUAUCCAAUACGGCAUACGUUUGCCGAAUUUGUUGAACGUUAUCGAUUUCUGAUUACCGGUGUACCACCAGUUCACAAAGUUAGCGAUUGUCGAGCUGUCACUGCCAAAAUUUGUUCUGCUGUUUUGUCCAAAUCGGAUUAUCAACUUGGCAAGACCAAGGUUUUUCUAAAAGAUGCUCAUGAUCUAUUCUUAGAACAAGAACGAGAUCGGGUAUUGACCAAACACAUCAUUACAUUACAACGAGCUAUCCGUUGUUGGUAUUAUAGGAGAAAAUUUUUGCAAUCAAAAAAUGCAGCGAUCAUAAUUCAAAAAUAUUAUCGUGGCUUUAUACAAAGAAAAAAAUAUCAUAUGAUUCGAAUCGGUUAUUAUCGUUUACAAGCUUUGAUACGAUCUAGAUUAUUGACCAAUCAAUUCCGUUGUCUCCGUAAUCAUAUUGUUGCAUUACAAGCGAUUAGUCGUGGUUACCUGUUACGUAAAGAAUUCAAAUCACGACAAAAGGCUGCCCUAAAAAUUCAAUCUUUUAUUCGCGGUUUUAUUGCUAGAAAAAAAUUUAUUAAAUUACGAGAUGAAAGUCAAAAAUUGAUCGAAGCACAAAUAUUGAAAGAACAAGAAGUAAAUCAAUUGAUGAAAAAGAUGAAUCCGAAAAAAGCAAAAGAAAUUGCCGAACAAAAAUAUAAUGAACGAUUACAGGAAUUCGAAAUACGAAAAAAAGAAGAGGAGAUUGAAGAUCAGAAAAAAAUUGCCCAAAAAAAGGCGGCUAUAACUGAUGCUGUUCUAAGACAAGAAGAAGUGGUUGAUGAUUCAAAAUUAGUGGAUGCUAUGUUUGACUUUUUGCCUCGUGCUGAAAGUCAAAAUGAUCAUCAGGCCAAUGGUGGUCAAAAUGGUCCGACAGCUUUUAGCGAUCUAGAACGUGUAGUGAAUGGUGAAAAUAAUCAUAAUGGCAUCAGUAAUGAUACAAGUAGCGAAUUAAUCGUACCACAAUUACCACAGGAAGAGGACGAAGAUUUGUCCGAAUAUAAAUUCCAGAAAUUUGCAUCGACCUAUUUCCAGGCCAAUGUUACUCAUCAAUACCAAAGAAAACCAUUAAAACAACCGUUACUAGCUCUUAAAACACAAGGCGAUUGUAUGGCAUCAAUUGCAUUAUGGAUCACCAUCUUACGAUUCAUGGGAGAUUUAGGCGAGCCAAAUUUUCAUACAUUAGGUCGAGAUAAUACAUCUGUGAUGAGUAAAGUGACGGCUACAUUGGGCAGAAAUUUCAUCAAAAGCAAAGAAUAUCUUGAUGCACAGAUGAAUGGUCAUCAUCAUCAUGAUGGUCAUGAACAACAUCAUCAUGAACAGCCAAAACCAAAAUCUCGAUCAAUCCGUAAUAAGCUUGUUUCGUUGACAUUGAAAAAGAAGAAUAAAUUAAGUGAAGAUGUUCGACGACGACUACAAGAAGAUGAUCUUGCUGCCGAUACAUAUAGUAGUUGGUUAGAAUCACGACCAACUUCCAAUUUGGAGAAGCUUCAUUUUAUCAUUGGACACGGUAUUCUACGAGAAGAGCUCAGGGACGAAAUUUAUUGUCAGAUUUGCAAACAAUUGACUCAUAAUCCAUCAAAAAGUUCUCAUGCUCGAGGUUGGAUCCUCUUGUCGCUUUGUGUGGGAUGUUUUGCGCCAUCGAAAAAGUUUGUCAAAUACCUGUUGAAUUUUAUACGCGAAGGUCCGCCAGGCUAUGCACCGUAUUGUGAAGAUAGAUUAAGGCGAACAUUUGUAAAUGGUACACGAGGACAGCCACCUUCGUGGCUGGAAUUACAAGCAACCAAAUCGAAACGUCCGCUUUUAUUACCAAUAACAUUUAUGGAUGGUAAUACGAAAACAUUGUCGGCCGAUUCGGCCACUACAGCUCGUGAAUUAUGUGCUAAGCUGUCGGAAAAAAUUGAUUUGAAAGAUCAAUUUGGAUUUUCAUUGUAUAUUGCAUUGUUCGAUAAAGUUUCAUCGUUAGGCAGUGGUGGUGAACAUGUAAUGGAUGCCAUCUCACAAUGUGAACAAUAUGCUAAAGAGCAAGGAGCACAAGAACGGAAUGCACCUUGGCGUUUAUUUUUUCGUAAAGAAAUAUUUGCACCAUGGCAUGAUCCUAGCCUGGAUCCGGUAGCCACUAAUCUUAUCUAUCAACAGGUAGUUCGUGGCGUUAAAUUUGGUGAAUAUAGAUGCGAAAAAGAAGAAGAAUUAGCUAUGAUUGCUGCACAACAAUAUUAUGUUGAAAUUGGUAGUGAAUUUAACCCAGAAAAUCUUUCUACCGUGAUUGCUAACUAUGUGCCUGAUCAUCAUUUACAUUCGAAUGAAAAAAGUAUUGAAAAAUGGACUAAUCUCAUCAUAAUGGCAUACAAAAAGAGCUAUUUUCAUAAAGAAAAGAUAGCAUCGAUCAAGAUCAAGGAAGACAUUACUGAAUAUGCCAAAUAUAAAUGGCCAUUAUUGUUUUCACGCUUCUAUGAAGCUCUACGUAUUGAGGGACCAUUGUUACAAAAGAAUGACAUCAUUAUAGCUAUCAAUUGGACUGGUAUUUAUAUGGUUGAUGACCAAGAGCAAGUAUUGCUUGAAUUAUCAUUCGCUGAAAUAACAAACGCUGAAAGCCAUAAAAGUGAUCGACCUUUUAUGCAAAAUUUUGUCAUCACUACUGUUCGUGAUGAAAAAUUUGUCUUUCAAUCACCAAAUUCUGUUGAUAUUUGUGAAUUGGUUAAUUUUUUUAUCGAUGGAUUGAAAAAUCGUUCGAAAUUUGUUAUUGCCACACAGGAUUACAGGGCCCAAGCAUCCAGUGCAUUAUCAUUCAUUCAAGGAGAUCUUAUGAUUCUGGAAAAUAAUCUAACUGGUGAAAAUGUACAAAAACAAUCCUGGGUACAAGUAAGAUUGGAUAAAAGUGGUGAAAAAGGCGAUGUUCCAACAGAAUAUCUUUAUGUAUUACCGACGACAAGUAAACCAUCGAAUUCAACAUUGGCCAUAUUUAAUGAUAGCAAUUUCGAAGAACAUCGAACACUUUAUUCACAAGCUAAUGGUUUUAAUAGCCAUGAAAAACCACAUACACUGGAAGAGUAUGCAAUUGAUCAUUUUCGACCACCACCAAAGAAUACAUUUCAACGUACAUUGACAUUUACCUCACCAAGAAAACGGAAUGCCGAACAAUUGUGGAAACAUUCACGCGAUCCUAUUAAACAGCCUUUAUUGAAAAAAUUACUUAACAAAGAUGAAUUGGUUCAGGAAAGCUCAUUUGCUUUUAAUGCAAUUCUUAAGUAUAUGGGCGAUCUUCCUUCAAGACGAGCACGUAGCAGUAAUGAUCUUACUGAUCAAAUUUUUGAAGGACCACUAAAAUAUGAUAUCCUAAGAGAUGAGAUUUAUUGCCAGAUAAUGAAACAAUUGACCGAUAAUAAAAAUCGAUUAAGCGAAGAAAAAGGAUGGGAAUUAAUGUGGCUGGCUACCGGAUUAUUUGUUCCUAGUCAAGCAUUAUUACGUCAAUUGACAUUGUUUCUAAAGACACGACGACAUCCGGUUGCAAUGGAUUCAUUACAACGGCUACAUAAAACACUUAGAAAUGGACAACGUAAAUAUCCACCACAUUUGGUCGAAGUGGAAGCCAUUCAACAUAAAACAACACAAAUAUUUCAUAAAGUCUAUUUUCCUGAUGAUACCGAUGAAGCAUUUGAAGUAGAUUCAAGUACAAGAGCCAAAGAUUUUUGUCUAGAAAUUGCACAAAGGUUGAAUCUAAAAUCCGCUGAAGGAUUCAGUCUGUUUGUUAAAAUUGCCGACAAAGUAAUUAGUGUGCCGGAAGGAGAUUUUUUCUUCGAUUUUGUUCGUCAUCUAACCGAUUGGAUACGAAAAGCACGAUCAUCUCGUGAUGGUAGUGUACCACAAUUUACUUAUCAAGUUUUUUUCAUGAAAAAACUUUGGACCAAUACAAUUCCCGGUAAAGAUCGUAAUGCCGAUAUCAGAUUUCAUUAUCAUCAAGAAUUACCUAAAUUACUUCGUGGCUAUCAUAAAUGUACGAAAGAAGAUGCAGCUCGUCUAGCUGCUCUAAUACUUAGAGUACGAUUCGGUGACAGUAAAUAUCCAAUGGAAUUACAAUCAAUUCACAAUUUUUUACAUGAAAUCAUACCAAACGAUUUGAUAAAAACACAAAGCUCAAGUGAAUGGAAAAAACAAAUAUUGAAUCUAUAUAAUCAAGAUACCGGUAUGACACCAGAGAAUGCAAAGAUAACAUUCUUAAAAUAUGUUCAUAAAUGGCCUACAUUUGGAUCGGCAUUUUUCGAAGUCAAACAAACUGGUGAUACAACCAAUUAUCCAGAACAUUUAUUAAUUGCUAUCAAUAAAAAUGGUGUCAGCCUGAUUGAUCCGAAUACGAAAAACAUUUUGGUCACACAUCCAUUUACAAGAAUCUCAAAUUGGAGUAGCGGUAUUACUUAUUUUCAUAUGACAAUCGGCAAUCUAGUACGUGGUAGUAAAUUACUUUGUGAAACUUCAUUGGGCUAUAAAAUGGAUGAUCUACUUACUUCGUACAUAAGUCUAAUGUUGAACAAUCUGAAUAAACAAAAAAAUACGAUCAAAUCAUCAAAGUGAUAUAAUAAUUCAUCAACAUUAUCAUCAUCAUUCCAAAAGAACAAACAAUGAGACGAGAGACAAUGGGAAAAAUUUCUAUCUUGAAAACAAAAACCUACUGCAUUCUGUAUAUCUUUUGUGAUAAAUAAAUUUUUUUUUUAAAUGUCAAUUUGUUUUCCAAACAAAUCAAACUCGACGAUAAAACAAUACUGUCUUUGUAAUUGUGAAUUUUCUUUGUCUCAUCUUUGGAUCGUCAUUUGCGUCAUUUUUUUACUCAAAUUAAAUCAAUUUUUUUUCAAUCAACUGAUCAUUUUAAAUUCAUAUU